CACUGUGCGCCCGCCAGACCGUCUGCUGGGAGUGACUCGCCAGGGCAGGAGGAGAGCCGGCCUGAGCACAGCGGGGAGUGUCGUCCGGACACCUUACUGUGGGAUCCAUGGCCACUGUGAUAUGCCGACGAUUGCGUGGAGGGAUAUACCAAGCAUCAACAUUUUCAUCCACAGUGAGAUGGCCACAGAAGAAAACUCCAAAUGAACAUGGGAAAGGAUAUAUUUUUUAUCCUUCAAAUGAUGCACCUGCUUCAGAGGACAAGAAACCUGGAGAUGUGAGCAAAAUGCAGUCCCAAGUUCUUUACAACCCAUCUGCAUAUGUUGGUAUAAAGAGGCACAAUCUGCACAUUACUGAUGAGUGUGAGAGCUAUCCUUUGGAAAAUGAUUAUGCUGCAAGUAAUGCCAAACUGUUUCAAAAUACUUACAGCAUCACUUGCUCACGAAGCUUAUCUAGUACAAAGAACAACAUUCUAGAUUUGGCAUUUGGCAGUCCAGAUACAGUGCAUCAUAAAACCACACAGAAGCCGAAAGAGAGGGAACAGAAAAAAGAACCUAUAGACUGUUACGUUCCCGAAAUGUAUAGCACCAAAGACGACCCUAGGACUUUCCAGCAGCUUAGACCUGAUUACAAGGCUUUGUGCUAUAGAACUUCUGAUCUGACUACAACUACAUCUAUAGAAGAAGGUCAGAAUUUACUACAAAAGGUCACCAUUCUCAAAAGCAAUCUUACCCCUACAACAAUUUCAGCAUACUUUGAAAAACUUAGUUAUUUGCCCUCAGAAGAAAUUGCUGUGAUUCGGAAAAAUACUAAAUUUGCCAUGCUUUGUCGAUACAGUGUGGAAAAUAUCCAGAUGUUUUCCAACUUGGAACUUUUAAAUAUUCUUGGUUCUUUUAUACGCCUAGAAAUCCCCCCAGCUCACUCUAUGUUGAAUGUGUAUCAGACAGAAUUCAGUUGCCGUGUAUGGAACAUGACCACAGAAGAGUUGUUGUUGGUUGCUGACAUGUGGAGGUUCCUGGGGCGAAGUGUACCACAAUUUUUGGAUAUCCUGUACAGCUGCAUGCAGCUGCGUUGGAAACAUCUCACUUUGCCUCAGUUGAUACAGCUGAUUUACAUAAUUGGUGAAGGCAGACAGGCACCUCGAGAGUUGAUGCAGAAACUAGAAUCCAUGGUGCUGAGACAUCUGGAUUCGGUUAACCUUGAAGAAAUCGGUGCAGUCUGUUUAGGUUUCUUCAAAUCACAAAAUGGCUUGUCUGAAUACCUUAUGAGAAAAAUUGGAGAUAAGGUUUCUGCUAAUAUGCAGGAAAUUAGUAAUUUUGCUUUAGUCAGCAUUCUUAAAAUGGUACGAUUUACUCAUGUGGAUCACUUGGCAUUUUUAAAACAACUUGGACAGGUUGUCCCUCAACGUAUUUCCACUAUGGGUAUUCAAGGCAUCAUGCACAUUGCUCUGUCCUGCACAGCAUUGCAUUAUCUGGAUGAGAAUAUUAUGAAUGCUAUAGCUGCUGUAGUUCCUGAACGAAUAGCAUAUUGUAGAAGCAAAGACCUUGCCAAGUUUCUGUGGUCUUUUGGUGCUCUUAAUUAUGAACCCCCAAAUUCUGAACACUUUUAUUCCGUAAUCACUAAUCAAAUACGCAAGAGGCUGCAAGAGUUUGAAAAGUUUCCAGAGCACUUUCUAACGUGUUUGUUGGGGCUCGCCUUUGCCAGGAGAUAUCCUGUUGAUCUUAUUGAAAUUGCCUUAAGUGACAAGUUUGUUACUCUGGCUACAAAAAAUAACUUGUUUGAGCUCAGGAAGGAUCUUUUCACUUUAGAUAGGAGUGUAGACCUUGAAUGCCAAGAUUACAAAGGUAAACAUCUUUCUCCAGAACUGCAGCAAGAAGUCACUGAAAUGCUGAGGAGUUUUGCCAAUCAGGAUAUCUGCUUAAAGCCUGAGGUUAUUGAAGCUGCUGGGUUACUGGAGACUAUAUUGGGUGGUCCUCCGUAUGUGAAAAAUCAUAUGAUAUUACCCCACACCAGAUCAAGUGAUUUGGAAAUACAUUUAGAUAUAAACAGGAAACCCAUACCAAUAAACAUAGAUAUUCCCGAGCAGGAAAAGCCUCAAUUAAAACCUCUUGGCCUUCACAUCACUGAUGACCUGUUAAAUCAGCUUUUGGACAGCAAACUUGAAUGUAAAGUAGGGAAGGAAACCAUGAAGAUGAAGACCAACGUGAAGCAUCAUCAUGAUGAUGAUGAUGAUCAAAAGAAAAUGAUGUUGCAUGCACCAGAAAAUGGAAUUUUUUCAAUUGGUGUACCUAUUACUGAUGAUCUUUUAUCGGUUUUGACUAUGCCAACUGCUUCAACCAAAAAGUCAGUUAUCUUGCCCAAACUUUAUCCUGAUGUCACAAAACUGGCUGUUCAGGUUUCUCAUAGGAAUCAUUACUGCUAUGCCUCCAAACAUCACCUCUUGGGACUCCAUAAUCUGAAGAGAAGACAGUUGCGUCAGUUAGGGUACACAGUAGUUGAGCUUCCCUACUGGGAGUGGAUUCCUCUAAUGAAACGUACAAAAUCUGAAAAACUUGCUUAUUUACAUCAAAAACUAUUUGGUGCUCUAAAUGACAGUUGACCCAUAUAGUAAACAUAAUUCCUUGAUGAGUGUUUUGUGACCACCCCCCCCCCCC